GAUGUGAUCAACAGCGAUAGCACAUUGGGAUUAUAACAGUUUUCACAGAUCAACGGGAAGGAAGAGUAGCAAAACGAGGACAAGCUUGCGGAACCUAACUAACUGCUGCGGACUGGACAACUGAAGAAGGAGGACAGAGGAAGGGAGCUAGAAUGGAUAAACUAAACACAAUUUAAGGAGAUCAAUUUGAACUUUGUUUCCGUCUGUCUUCUGCCGGCCUCAGACCUGCCAGACCCGAGCUGCUGGUGUAAACCAACACAGAGUAAUUUUCUCAGCAUCAGCCAGUUGACCGAUGAAGUCAGCACUGUAGGAAAGAUUGGCGAUGAUCCGCUUUCAGCUUUGUCAGAAGUGUCAGGGCCGUCGCCGUUAGAUCUCAUUGUAUUUGCAGUGGCACAGAGAGUGAGAGAGUGUGGGCAGCGUGUAGUAAUCUGAGGAUGACACCCGCACUUUAUUCCAUCAAAUAGUGCUCAGUGAGGUGUGUGGUGCAGUUCGUCACGCUUUGUCUAUACACUCUAAAAACACACAUUAGGCACUCACAAACACACCUGAUCUACACUCUCCGGCAGACCAGCAACCGAUUGGGUCCUCAAUCAGCAGAAUUCUGUCCGGACCUGAAACACAGCAGGCUUUCAGAUUAGUGUGUAUGAGUGAGCGUGCAUCUGGAGUGCACCCAGGCGCUGACUGUACCCAGUGGAGCAUGUUGGAUAGGAAGAGUUAGGCAGGUCGAUGCUGCACGAUUAUACUGUCUGAUAGCCUGUGAUUAUUCUGAGGUGUCUAAAAUUACCAUGUAAAAUCACUGUCCAUUUGCUCAACAGUGUGUACACAAUGGCGUAUUGACAGCAUUCUAGCAUUCAAGCGAAUAAUGGUAGAUACCCUGUCAGGAUAAUGUGCACGUCUCUGGGGUAAAAUAGCGGAUCAAAUACGUAAUAUCUGUAACUAAAGUGUCUGACUGCAGUUUGCUCAACCCUUCGCAAGUUGGUUAUUCUACAAAGGGCAAGGACUUUCAUUUGCUCUUUACAGAGCACUACUUGAACUCAAUGAAUUUUAUUUAACCUUAGCUAUCUCCACAUGAGUUAGAUAGUAAGAUAGUGUCUCCAUCUCUCCAAAGCCCUGCACAGUGUGGUAAUAGCUGAAAGGAACAUUGACUUGUGCCUGCAGAUUUGUUGAGUGAGAUGAGCUGAAAACCUUGUUUUUGACUCAUUAAAAUACAAUAUGUUUGAAGAUGAAGAUUGUUGCCCUGGAUUUCUCUGUCCUUGAGGGCACAGCAUUGUAGAUAGCUCUAUUUUAAAAGUUACCAUUCAGUCAACGCUAGUAUAGAUAAACUAGAUUUCCUUUGGAACAUAGUUUCUCAGGCAGCAUCUGACUCAAAUAUGGCAGUAUUGAUGUUUUCUGUUCUUUGGAGCAGUGUAGUUUGACCUGCAGGAGACAACAAGCAUACAUUGUUGUGGUUAACUGUGCAGCUGAUUGUUAGGGCUCGUUUCGCUCAGAACUUGCUUAGAUCUGACCUCAUUCAGUUAAUUUGCGAAGCUGCCACUACUGAAUACAGUUCCUGGUAAAGACUACAGUGUUGCAGGUCUGCUUGGACACCUUUGGUAUUGGUUUUUCUGGUUUAUCGAUCUGAGAAUCUUAGGCCUUGGUCUCAGGAGGCUCAGAGCACUGUGGUGAAAAAAAUAGCUUGCCUAUCUGUGUUCGUUGUGUUGUUUUGUUUUGUUUAGAUGGGACCGAGCCCUUGGACGGCUUUGUAGCAGCAAAGCUUUCCCAUUUGUAUGGAUUUAAAGCAAUAUGCAUCGUAAGUUCUUUCUAAGCAACACGAGGUGCUAGUCAACAGAGGAAAUUUGUUACUCUGAGCUCAUCUCUGUGUGCAUUGUGAUAUAGUGCCUAAAUCACUAGCUCUGUUAUCACUCCGAGCUCUGGCCAAACGUCUGUGUGUUACAUGCAAGCCCUGGCAACAAGUCAGUCCUAUGUGACUUUGCAGCUACAGCAGUUUCUUUGCAUGUGUUGUGAUGCAGUGUGGAGCAUAAGAGCGCUUUCUUUAUGCGUUUUCCUCAAACAACAACUUCUGUCUGAUUGCGCUAAUGUAAAGCUGAGCAGUUAGUGUGUGCGCACGUCUGCAGCAUAGCAGCUGAGAACAAAUCAGAGUGCAUGUGUGUGUGCGGACUAGUUUGUCUAUAGCAAGUGCAGCCAGGGUCACAGAGGAGCCAUUGAUCAAACGUGCACAGCCACGUACACGUUCACACAUAUACACACACAACUUCUCAAUACACAAUGAAGGCUGUCCGAAGCUCUGUCCUCUGCCGCCUCCUCCCUGCCCCCUUCUCUCUGGCCUUGCGCAGCCUGGUCCUGGUCCUGGUCCUGCUCUGCUUCACUCCCCAUUGUCAGGCGGUGCAAGCAGAGAAUGUGACAGUCUUGGAGGGAGGUACGGCCCAGAUCUCCUGCCGCCUUCAAAACUAUGAUGGAUCAAUUGUAGUCAUCCAGAAUCCCCGUCGGCAGACUCUUUUCUUCAAUGGCACGAGAGCUCUGAAGGACGACCGCUUCCAGAUGGUGCUCUUCACACCACGGCUGGUGCGCAUCACGCUGACCAACGUCAGCGUGUAUGAUGAGGGCGGCUACUUCUGCCAGCUCUACACGGACGCGACGCACCACCAGGUGGCAACGCUCUCCGUUCUGGUGCCCCCGGAGACGCCAACGGUGGAGGUGAAGCAGGAGGCUGUGGAGGGCGGAGAGGUGGAGCUCACCUGUGUGUCGCCGAGAAGCAAGCCGGCCGCCACCCUGCGUUGGAUGCGUAAUGGCCGGGAGAUACCAGGUGUGGUCUCCCAGCAGGACAAUUCAAAGACGUUCAGUGUGUCCAGCACCAUCCGCAUUCCUGUUGAAAGGAAAGACAACGGGGCGGCGCUGAGCUGUGAGGCAUUCCACCCUGCACUGAAUGGGCAGAAAAGGAUUCGGCAUUAUCGCCUGGAUGUCUAUUUUGCACCCACAGUGCGAAUUGUUCCUCCUUCUGGCAUUUUGAGAGAAGGCGACUCACUCACCCUCACCUGCUCCGUCACCGGCAACCCUCUGCCCAGAAACAUUCAGUGGUCGAAGAUUAACGACACCUUACCUGAGAGGGCAGAGAUCUCUGGGCCUACUCUUCAGAUUUCCCGUCUCAGCCAGUCGCACAACGGGACGUACUUGUGCCAGGCCCAAAACAACUUUGGACGUGCUGCUGAUCACUACACCCUGUUGGUGUAUGAGAAUGUGUCAGUCACUACCAUGGUCCCUCCCACUCCUUCUACUACCCAACCAAACACCUCCCAUCCUGCCACCCCAACCCUCCUAACACCCAGCUUCGGCCCAGACGCGAAAGAUCCUGGUGCAGUGGUAGAGACUCACAGUGCAGUACCUUAUGCAGUGAUAGGCGGCGUUCUGGCACUGCUGGUUUUCACCGUCAUCUGCGUACUCAUUGUCACCAUCUGGUGCUCCGUCCGACAGAAAGGCUCAUACCGUACACGAGAGCCUAUUCUUGCCUGGUAUUGACCUAACAAUCAGUUCACUAAUGAAUUAAUCAGUCAUAGGUUCCUAUCUUACCCAUGAGGCCAGUGGGUUGGAUGAACAUGGUGAGGUGCAGGAGGCCUUCCUCAAUGGGAACGACGCCAGCCAGGGCAAGAAGGAGUACCUACUGUAGCCCUUCUCCUUCCCUAUUCCCUCCUCUUCUGACCUCAUACCCCUACCCCUUCCUCUCCCUGUUUCCCACCUUAUAUACAGUACACACACACACACACACACACACACACGCACACACACACACACACACACACACAGAACCACAAACACUUCUAUACAAUGCGCCAUAACAGGCGGCCUUCUGAAAACGACUGUAAACAGAUACUGCACACAGCCAAUCCAUCCCGCUCUAUUCCACUUCAUGUCCUCCAUGUCCGCGUACACAUAAACCAAGAGACAGACUGAGAAAAAGAGAGCCUCUACACCCACCAGCCAUUAACGACUGUGCCAUAUACUGUAAGUCGGAGAAACUCGGGAAAAUAGAGAGGGUGACUGAGAGAGGGGGGAGGGACAGAGUGAGGUGAAUGUAGACAAAAACGUAAUGAUGCCAUAAUUAUUUUGAUCGAGAGGGAAGCAGGGAGCACAAAGAAAGCCGGCACUCUGACUGUGCAGCUGCCAAAGUGGAAGGGGAAUUAAAGGCAGAUGACUGCUAUAAUUCCCUGCCUGGAGAAUAGAAGAAUCCAUUUCACAAAGCUCUGUCUUUAACUGACGGAGACAGUGGAAGCUGUGUGUGAGAAGGGAGGGUGGACAAAAGAGAGAGGAAGAGUUGAUCAGGAGCUAUUGAGUGCUCGAUGCUAGAAAAUUGAAAUUUUUCAAAUUACCAAAACAUAUUGCCUGCAGAGUGCAACUCAUAUAUAAUUUUCUGACUAUUCUGGAGUGUGUAAGGCCAGAGUUACAAGAAGUAUCCGUACUUUAUGAACAAGCUAAAUGUCCUGUUUUUCUGUCCCCCUUGAGUGGGCUGCCAAUUUGUGAAAAAAAUCUACUUUAAGGGAUUUUUUCUCCUCUCACUGCAACAGUGAAGGAAAGGUUGUUUUUUCUUUACAUUUGCUCUACACAUCGUCUUUCCUCUCCGUUCACCUGUUACCAUCCUCUCCCCUCUCUCUUGUAUCUCUCUUUCUCUUCUGUCUGUUCCUCCUCUAUCGCUCGUCCUUUGUUGGCUCCUAAUAAUGAAAGGAUUAGUGUUGGGCUGCGUUCCCGAGAAAGAAGAAAGGAAUAUGACUUGCUAAGGCAUUAAAGAAAAGCUUAAUUAUUUUAGAAUGUCAUUAAGAGGAUAAAAAGGUUUGAAAGUCUUAAUAAGAAGGGCAAGGGGAGCGAUAGCAAAAGGAAGGAAUGAGAGAAUUAAAUGGAUGGAUAUUUUUCUGAAUGCUACCACACAUAUGAAAAUACAUGCACACAUUCAUACGUACAGUAAACAUGUUGACAGAACAAGUAUACAUAUCUCUGAAUUCAUUGUUUGUAUAAAAAAGAACAGCAACAUAAAUUAAAUUAAACUUUUAAGAAAUAAGAACAGUUUACUAUUGAAACGCAUUAUGAAGCAACUAUACUAACACAGAAUAUUAGCCUAUAGAGGUGCAAAGCCGAACAAACUACUGUCCAGUGAUCUUUAAAGAAAAUAAAGAAAAGGAUAAAAAAAAUCAUGUCUUUAUGAGAAACCAGAGGUCUUAUUGAUUUUUUAUUAAUUAUUAUUAUUAUUAUUUGAACAAUUAUGAUUGUUGUUACUGUUAUUAUUAUUGACGUUGUUAUUAUUAUAAUUGUAAAUGCUAAAGAAAUGUACACUUCCCAUGGUUUGUUUUUGGUUCUACUGUAGAAAAAUUGCUGUCUUUUUACACUCUUUUCCUCUUACCUUUCCUCUCUUUCCCAGUCUUUCUCUCUCUUUGUCUCCUGUGCCUAGUUGUCUCUUCUCCUGUCUUUCACUCUUGUUUAUUUUAGAAUCCAUGUGUCAUUGUUGAUAUAUAGCUAACUAUUUCUUUAUAGGGGAAAGAUACAAAGCACGACAAAAUAAAAAAAAGAAUCCAAAAAUAA